AUGCAAGACGAAUUGCAAAAGGCGUAUCAGGCCUAUCAGCACGCGCUCUACUCGUUACCAAAUCCAAAGGAGAACCCGAAGCUUUGGUACGGCAUCGGCAUCUUGUACGAUCGCUACGGCUCGCUCGACAAUGCCGAGAAGGCGUUCGCGUCGGUGCUCAAGAUGGACAAGGACUUUGACAAGUCGAACGAAGUCCUCUUCUGCUUAGGCAUAAUCUACAAGCAGCAGACCAAGUACUCCGAGAGCUUGCGCUGCUUCGAGCACAUACUCCGCCAUCCGCCAAGCCCGCUCGCCAACGCCGAUAUCUAUUUCCAGAUUGGACAUGUCCACGAACAGCAGGGCCACUUCGACCGUGCUCGUGACGCCUACACGCGUGUAGUUCAGGAGAACCCGACGCACGCCAAGGUAUUGCAGCAGCUCGGGUGGCUUUACCACCAGGAUGGCACUUCGUUCCAGGACCAGGAACUUGCCAUUCAAUAUCUGACCGAGUCACUCGAAGCCGACCCUGGCGACGCGCAAAGCUGGUACCUUCUUGGCCGCGCGUUCAUGGCCGGCCAGAAGUACAACAAGGCGUACGAGGCAUACCAACAGGCGGUCUAUCGUGACGGUCGUAACCCGACAUUCUGGUGCUCUAUUGGUGUCCUCUACUUCCAGAUUAACCAGUACCGCGACACACUUGACGCCUACUCGCGUGCCAUCCGCAUCAACCCAUACAUCCCGGAAGUUUGGUACCACCUCGGCAGCCUUUACGAGUUGUGCAACAACCAAAUCGGGGAUGCGAUCGACGCCUAUGCACAUGCAGCUGAGCUGGGCCUAAGCAACGCCAGCAUCGCGGGCCGACUCCAAGUCCUCAAGCACUCGCAAGCGACAGGUGCCCAGGUCUCGGCGGCGCCUGCGCCACAAGACGUGCACCCGACCUUAUACGCCAACCCCGCACCGCCAGCGCUUGGUCCGCCUGGUGCUCUGCUUCCUAUGCACACUGGAGGUGGUUCCCGCCCGCCUUUCCAUGCCGACUCUCGUGGUCCUGCGGGCGAUAUUCCCCCACCAAGUGCCGGUCCUGCAGGUCGUAGCCCGCCGCCACCAUUCCGUGGCGGUCCCCCACCGCCCGUGAUUCUCGAUGACGCACGUCAGG